CUAAAAACAAAAACACGGAAGUCAUGGACCAGUCAGUGACUUUUCCAUGUUAUAGCCAGUUAUUGUGAUUUCUGCGGAGUCCGAUGCCACUUUAAGCAUAUGACGUUUGGGGAAAUGUUCUGUUUACAGUUAUUUAUCUGCUCUAAAUAACAGGUUAUUGACCGAGGCUUCAGCUAACUGAGUUAGCAUGUCUGCUGCCCUCCUGUCCCGUGUGAUGGAGCUCAGGCUGAGAUCACGGUGUUUAGGGUCUGCACUUCAGAAAGUCCUGUUUUGUCCCACCCACCAGCCCAGGCAGCAGCUCUGUGGAAGGCAGCCUAAGAGGAGGAGGGUUGUCGUCACUGGGAUUGGGUUAGUGAGCCCUCUUGGCACGGGGACUGCUCUGACCUGGGACGGUCUGAUCCGAGGCCAGAGUGGGAUUGUKGCUCUGGACUCUGAGGAGUACCGGACUGUUCCCUGUAGGGUGGCAGCUCUGGUGCCCAGAGGGACUAACGAGGGGCAGUUUUGUGAGGAAAAGUUUGCCACUCGUGGAGAAAUCAACACCAUGUCCCCCGCCACCGUCAUGGCCCUGGGAGCUGCCCAGUUGGCCCUGGACGACGCGGGGUGGUACCCCCAAACCCCAGAGGAUCAGCUGAACACGGGGGUGGCUGUAGGCAUGGGUAUGGUGUCCUUAGAGGAGAUCGCUAGCACCUCUGCCGCCUUCCGGGACCGGGGCUACAACAGAGUCAGCCCCUUCUUUGUCCCCCGCAUCCUGGUCAACAUGGCCGCCGGCCACAUCAGCAUCAGACACAAACUGAAGGGCCCCAACCAUGCUGUGUCCACCGCGUGCACCACCGGCGCGCACGCCAUCGGGGACGCAGCCAGGUUCAUCGCUCACGGGGAUGCGAUUGCGAUGGUUGCCGGAGGGACCGAAUCGUGCGUGGGGCCGCUCUCCAUCGCCGGCUUCGCCAGGGCGCGCGCCCUCGCCACCAAAUGGAACGACAGCCCGAGGCUGGCGUCCAGACCCUUCCACCCAGAGAGGGGGGGCUUCGUGAUGGGGGAGGGAGCGGCCGUGCUGCUGCUGGAGGAGCUGGAGCACGCGCUGAGGAGACGAGCCCGCGUCUACGCAGAGGUGCUGGGCUACGGGCUGUCAGGGGACGCCAGCCACAUCACUGCGCCCACCGCAGACGGAGACGGGCCUCUCAGGUGUAUGUCUGCAGCCCUCCGGGAUGCCGGCGUCUCACCAGCAGACGUGACGUACGUCAACGCUCACGCCACGUCCACACCUUUAGGGGACGCAGCGGAAAACGCAGCCAUCAAGAGGCUCUUCGGGUCCAGCUCGGACCGUCUGGCCGUGUCCUCGACCAAAGGAGCCACGGGACAUCUGCUCGGAGCCGCCGGCGCUCUGGAGGCAGCGUUCACCGCUCUGGCCUGCUACCACGGCACGCUGCCCCCGACGCUCAAUCUGGACCGCACAGAACCCGAGUUCAGCCUGAACUAUGUCCCCUGCACGGCCCAGCCGUGGCCCAGUCAGGGCCCGCGGGUCGCCCUCACUAACUCCUUUGGAUUUGGAGGCACCAACGCCUCUCUGUGUCUCAGCAGCUUCGAAUGAGUGCACAGGGUUAGAGCCAAAUAUUAAACUGUUCAAAACAUCAA